AUAUUAUACUAGCUUAGCCUACACCACGGUACGGUCACGGAGCCAAAUCAUCAUUCAAACAAACAAAAAGAAACUCAGAUAGGGCAGCGAGAUAAUGACUUCUCCAGAUCAAAAUGGAUUAGGUGCCACGGAAACAUAUCUAGAAGCUAUACAACACAAUAAAGUGUCAGAUGAAUUUGACGUUGAAUUUCCUCCACCAUUUGGCUAUGUGCGUGAUAUUGAGAGUGCAGAGAUUCUUCGCAGACGAUUCGAGCAAAAGUUUGGUGUGCGAUUUUCAACAUAUAGACAAAGCAAAGACUAUGGAAAAGAAGAUAUAAAAAUUGAUCAUCAUAAGGUAUGCUGGGAAGACGGCUCCAGACUUCGUCAAGGUCACCUUGUAUUUGAUCACGUACCAUACAUUGUGAUUGGAAUUAAGACAUUAGAUUGUCAGUAUGGAAGGGACAGGCAUGUUGCUAGAAAGAAAAGAUCUCUUGCACAGGAAGAUGAUCAAAAAAGGAGAAAACGGUUAUCUGGCAAGAAGGUGGACUGUCCAGCACAAAUAUCUUUUAGAGAUAUCUUGAAGUUCCCAGAUUAUAAAAUUGAGAGCAAUACAGUAUGGAGAAGAAAAGCCAUGUCAGAAAGACUCAGGAAAUCCCUAUCUACAGAAUCAGAUGUUAAAAUAGAGAGACGAAUCUAUAUAAAAUUUCCAGAACCAAGUGAUCACAAAUGUGCUGUUGCAGAAGACUAUGUGCCUGUCCUUGGACACAAGGUCGUACAAAGCAGUUCGUGUGUGAGUGGAGGAGGUUCUGAUGGAUCAGGGAUUCAAAGUGAUGUACAGACACAGGUUCUAAAUAAGGAGCUUGCUGUGCAAGAUGUAAGACAACAGAUGAGCUCUGAGACUACAGGAGCACACUUUAGGCAACCAGACAGAACAUUUAGCCAAGCUGAGCAGUCCCCUCCGUCUACCGAGGCCAGCAAUACCUCGACCACAGUUGCUGAGUGCAGACAAGAGGUGGUAGUUUCUGACCCAUCAAAUACAGCUGUUGAUGGUACGAAUGCAGCUAGUCACCAGAGGAGAAAGAUGGAAAUCUUGCAGCAGCUGACUCAUUCUACUGAUUCUAUGAUCCAGGUCAGCCAGUGCAGAAGACAGCUGGACGAUUCCCUUCUUUUGACUCAGCCAAGUGAGAUUAAUCACCAAGAGAGUCGUGUAGAUUCACUUCAGUUGGUCGAGGAUAUCAAUACUACAAACCUAGCCAUUCAAUCGAGCAGUAAGGAAAUAGAACCAUUUCAUUUGUCUGAAGAUGGUACAGAUCAAGGAAGUGAUUGUAGAAGACAGAUGGUACAUAUAGAUGUACUUAGAUUGAGUGACAGUAGCAAUGAUGCAAACCAAGGUGGUAGUCCGCUAGAUGCAGUUCAAUCAACUAGGCAAAGUGAUGGCUCAAACCAAGCGAGUCAGAUGGGUUCAUGUCAAUCGACAAAGGAUAGUGAUGGCUCAAACCAAGCAAGUCAAUGCAGAAGACUUCUUGAGGAACUAACUGAAGAGACUUAUGCCAUUCAAGAUUCAUCUAUCCUAGAUGCUCUGCAGGAACAACUCAGAAACACCCUCAGGAAUCUACAGAAAGCAAAACAAAAACGGGUAUUGAUUCCAUCAGGACAGAAAAGUACAGAUGUACUUGAUUCACAUACACAAUCAAGAAAAUCCUCCAAUAGAUAUAAUAGCAAGAAGCAUAGUGGUAAAAUUCAUCCUGACACUACUGGGAAGAGUUGUACGUGCAAGAAUAGAAGUUGCAGGUUUUGUUCUGCAGCCGAGAGGGUUGAGUUUGGUGAGGUCAUGCGUGAGGAACUGUGUUCAGACCAGUCAGUGAGUAGUAGGAUCAUCAGGGAAGCACAGGCACUGAUCCUAGAAAUGUUCCCUCUUAUGCAUGGGUUUGAGGAAACCACUCUAGGUAACCAUCUUCUCUUCUCAGCAGCCCAAGGAGAGUUCGGCCAGCUAAUGAACGAUGGGAAGGACCACUGGAUUUUUGUCACGUCCAUUUCCUGCGCUCCAGGAACAGUCAAGUACUAUGACAGUAUGGGUGCUCGGACGAUUCCAGACAUCAUACGCAAGCAGAUAGCAUGUAUCGUGUGUUCUCAGGACACCCAGAUCUCUGUGGAAAUCCAACCAGUUCAGUUGUCCAAGGAAUUCACCGAUUGUGGUCUUUUCGCGAUAGCUUUUGCCGUGAGUGUCCUGUAUUCUGAAGAUCCGGCAUUGGUUUGUUAUGACAUCACCUCCAUGAGAGACCAUCUCUACCAUUGCUUCCAGAAACGUAGUCUCACACCUUUCCCAAAGAUUGAUCAGUCCUUAGAGCGAACCGUAAAGAGGACGAUUAGUGUGGACGUGUUUUGCCUCUGCAGGAUGCCCUGGUAUGCUAUCGCAAAGGAAUCAAAGAUGAAGAUGGCCCACUGCAGCAUGUGUGGCGAGUGGUGGCACUCGAACUGCUGUGGCAUUCCUGAUCCAGGUCAAAGAAGCAGCUGGAAGUGCCCUAGAUGUGAAGAUGUCCAGUCUGCAGUAUCCGCUCUCAAUUCUCUUCAGUCGGUAGUCUGUCCAAAUGAAAGCCCAGGUCACAGCUGACAAGUUCAUUGCCCCCCCCCCCCCUCUCCAUCACCUGUGGAAAGGACAAGUUCACAUUAUUUUCUCUAUUAGCAAAUGUGAUGGAAAAUAAGUUAUGGGGCCACUAGAUCUUCACUAUUCUAUGUUCUAUCAACCUUCAAGAUUCCCACAGUCCUGGAAAAUCCUGGAAAAAUUUGUGGUCAUUGAAAGUCAGGGAAUUUGGAAAAUUUGUGAAAAGUCAUGGAAUUUCAUUUAAUAAUAAUAAUAAUAAUGCUCAAUUCUUGUAUAGCGCAUCACACAUAGCAUAGCAUGUCCCUAUGCGCUUAAAGAAGAAAUAGUGUAAGGUAAGAAUAAAGUAAUCAAGAUAUAUUUAUAUUGGACCAUUAGUUCAAAGUUAGUAUUUUAUGCAUUGAAUAGAUAUGUUUUAAGGGAUCUCCUGAACCUACAUAAAUCACUUUGAUGUCUCAUUGAAUUAGGUAAAGCAUUCCAGAGGACAGCAGAGGCAUGAGUAAAAGCACCUCUCGGCUAUGGCAGCUUUCCGGAUUGUUGUGUCUCACAAAACUCAUACUCUGUGAUCAUACUCUGCUUUUAUCAUUGGUGUUCAUGAUUUCCAUUUUUCCCAGUUUUGUGACAUCCCAAAUUCUGCAUAACUCUUGGUACGUCUCGGGAAGUCAUGGAAACCAGCAAUUUAGUCAUGGAAAAGUCAUGGAACUCUGUUUUCAAAUUUCUGUGGGAACCCUGACCUUAUACAUGUAUGCUCCCAACUUCCUAAAGCCUCUUGGUUGCAAGAGGCUUUUGCCUGAAUUCACAAAGAAGGUGUUAACCUGUUGGCUAGACCACAGUUUUUGUAGAUACAUGUAAAAUGCAAUCAUUAUGCAUAAUUUAGUGCGUACAUUGAAAGAGAGUCCAUUGAUUUCAAUUCUCUAGGAGAUUGUGAAUUCAGAUAUGCAGCUUCUACACUGUGGAACCAAUUUUCAACAGCAAGAAAAUAAAAAUAAAGUGUUCAGUGUGUGCCUAUCAAACUGGGUAGAUCCAAGGGUCACCUGUUCAAAGGUUGUAACCAUCGUUAAUGAAUAUAUUGGACACUUGAAACCCCCAAAUAACUGAGGGUUCAACUCAAAACAUUGUGUACAUGUAUGCAUGAUAUGGGAGUGACAGUGACUUGAUUAGAGUUUGGCCUUACAAAGUCAAAGGUCAUAUUGAUCAUUAUUGAAAUUUUUUAAAGUAGAGUAUCGUCUUGCAAUGGUGGAGGCAUUAAUUUUGACUCCAUACGAUUGAGAAUCCAUCUGCAGGUAACUCUUACACAAGUCAAAUAUUUGCCUAAAUUAUUGAAACAAUUUUUGACUCACCUGCAUAGCAGAGCGAGACUACAUGCAUAUGCGCCGCUUUUUCUGAUGUUGGCAACGGCGGCGGCUUCGUCAACGUCAAAUCUUAACCAAAGUUUUGGAAAUAUCAUCAUAACUUAGAAAGUAUGUAGGCCUAGUUCAUAAAACUUGGACAUAAUGGUAACCAAGAAUUACUUAACAUCCUGCCAGAGAUUGAGGUCAGAUGACUAAGUCAAAGGUCAUUUAAGGUCAAUGAACUUUGGCAAUGUUGGUGGUAUUUGUUGAUUUCCAUCAUAACUUUGAAAGUUUAUGGAUCUGGUUCAUGAAACUUGGACAUUUGAAUAAUCAAGCAUCAGUGGACAUCCUGCAUGAGUUUCGGGUCACAUGACCAAGGUCAAUGAAUUUUGGCUGUGUUGGGGGUAUUUGUUGAAUUGCCAUCAUAACUUUGAAAGUUUAUGGAUCUAGUUCAUGAAAUGUGGACAUAAGGGUAAUCAAGUAUCACUAAUCGUCUUGUACAAUUCUUAAGUCACACGAUCAAGGUAAAAUAUUUAGGGUCAAUGAACUAGUAUUUUUAUAUCAUAUUAUGAAUGUUUUUUUUUGUGAAUGAUUAUUCUAUAGUCGAUUUCGAAGUAGGCACUGCUUCUAUAUUGACUCGUGCAAUGCAGGCGAGACUGCCAGAUGCACUCCACGAGUUUAUCCAUGUUAUACUUAUACAUGUACCUCUCGUACGUAAAAUUUCUCCUGAGUCAAACAGAUUAAUGUGGUUCCAAAGUUUUGACUGUAUUGGAUUGGAUGAAUUUGUGCAGGAUUUUCCAAAUAAACACAGGCAUUUCAAUAAAUAGUGUCAAUCAGUCAAUUCUUCUUAAUUUCAGUCUUCAUUAGCCUCUGUGUGUAUUUAGUGUCUGAUUAUAGCGUAUGAUUCAUUUUGAGAAGUGGAUGCAAGUGGAUCACCCGUUCCUUGACAACUGUCUGAUGUUAGGAAAUAAGUAAGCAGAUUAGGUCAAUAGGAUAUCUAUGUAGUUGUGCAUAGUUUUGCGUGUUUGCAAAAAAAUAUCCCAAACCCUAAAAAAAUUGUGUCUAGCAGUCAUGAAUAUGGCAUAGAUCGAUUCAAUUCAUACAUUCAAUGCGGUAUCAUGGAAAUCUUUUGAAAUGAGUGUUAGCAAUGUUUUGUUUAUGAGAGUGGAUGUCACUGAUCAUGAUAAUCUUUGGUAAUUUGAAACCCAAUGAUGAAUUCAUUUGCUUUAUGGCUUUAUGAAUACCCUCCCCCAUUUUUUAUAGCGCACAUGUACAGGGAAAACUAAAGAGGAGAGAGAGAGAGAGAGAGAUGAAUGCAAGGUGGGCUAUUAUAUGUAGAUGAUGAAUAUUCCAUGUGAUUUCUGGGCUCUGUAACACAAAGGUUAGUAAGUAAUCGUACGCUUGAUUUUCACGAUUAAUUGUAUAUUGUAGUAAAUGCAAUCAAUCAUAGAAAAAAUAUUGUACAAUCAUUGCUGAGUUUUGUGUUAUGGGCCCCAGGUGUUGAAAGCUUUUAUGACCAAUUCCGAAACAGACCACAAAAUUAUACUUGCAUCUCUUUUAUUAUGGAUGCUCUUUAUGGUCGAAGUUGUCAGACUUGCUUAGACAUGUUACAAGAUUAAGUGAAAGAGAGCACGUCUUCAUUAUUAGUAGUCAGGUGGUUUUCACUGGAUACAAAGCUACUGAAAUCCUUCCCUCUGAUUGGUUGAAAGCAAAGUACAUAAUUUACUUUUUGUUUCAUGAAAUACCCACUUGGCCCUGUGACAUGAAGCUUAGCAAUUGAUCUUUGGGACUGAUUUUUUUACAGUUGAUCCUACACAGUAAUCAAUGCAAUCGAUCGCAGACAUCAGCAUCACAAUCGCUAAGCGUGAUGUUACAGGGCUGGUGUGAAAGUGAGACUUCCCUUGGUAUGUGUUUAGUGUUGGGUCCUGUAAUACAAAGAGAUGCGAUUGAUUGCAAAUUUGAAACAAUUAUUCUAAUUUAGUAACAUCCCAUACAUGCGAGUGCAUGCCUCAUUGAUAUUGAUUUGUCAAUUGAUUAUCAAAAAAGGUUAGG